AUGGAUUGUGGGAUUGUCAGUGGAUCGUGGCACCGCCAAGACCUCGACCCUGUCAAGGAGCUGGCGCUGGACAUGGCCCCCACCUCCUUCGACGACCAGUACCGGGGCUGCAGCCACAUGAUGGAGGAGGAGCUGGAGGAGAUCAACUGCACCAAUUUUGCCAACAACAGUGUCUAUGCUGAGGCCUGGACCCAGGCUGCCACCGAACAGAGGAGCUGGCAGAGCUGCGUCCCCCAGAUGCUGGUGCUGUGGCCAGAGCAGGCGGUUGCCUGCUUCACCGCCCGGCACAACCAGACCAUCUGCUUCGGCCACUUCACCUCCGCCUCCCUCCGGAACGAGAGCACGCUCCCCUUUGGCCGGGACACCUUCUUCUCGGUUGAGACCUGCUACGGCAUCCCCAUCAGGGACUUCUCCUUCUUCCCCGAGGAGGAGGAGGUCCUCAUCCCACCCUUCGAGCGCUUCGAGGUCACCGACGUCGCCCAUGAUGGGGACAGAGCCCUCAUCCACCUCCGCUCCCAGGACGUGCUCAGCACCUACAACUGCGAGUUGGUGAAAGGCUGGAGCAUCCCUGGGGACCACCCGCACCUCUGGGGGCUCCUCCUGGCAGCCACGGCCCUGGCGGCCGCCGGGGCCCCCUGA